AUGAUUCUGAAUAUUAUACUGAAUGGAUCGAUCGAACCGCCGUUCCACGAAUAUCAUUCUGAUUCCACUGGCCUCUAUCCGGCAAGAUCGCUUCGUAUCUCACCAAGCAAGAACGACUUCUUGGUUCGAUACGUCGACUCGCCUGGUUCUUCAGAACUGCCAGGCGGCCUGAUUUACCAACGCCGGCCAACUCGUGGCCCCUCCCUUAGAAUUGAUACGCAGGACAUUGAUAGGGCGAACUCUUCAUUCGCCCUACUGACGGAUUCGGCUACCCGCUUCCAACUGCCGAAGAUUUCACCCUUGGAUUUUGGACCUCAUGAGAGUGCUUUAACGGAAGAGGAGCUAUCGAACGAGGAAGUAGAAAGUGACAACUGCUCUGAUACUGCCCGUGAUUCCAGUGCACUUAUCUCUGACCUGCUUGGUCAUCUUGAAGAGGAAGCAGCUCUUUCUCCAGGGCCCACUCUUCAGGCUACGCUUACGUCGUCCUCCAACCGCUCUGUCUACUACAGCUUUGGAGAAGAGACAGAAGUUGAUACGGAGACAGACGGCUUGUCCGGAAAAUCCGGUCAUUUUCCUCUGACACCUGAAGACAGUCCGCCACUAGAGGUGAAUGUCCCAGGCUGCACUCUCAGUCAGUCGUACCAGGAGCUCGUGCAAAAGUUUCCACUCGAUACUACUUCCGAGGCUGUGGCCAGUCAAAACGAUAGCCUUGACAGACAGUCAGUGGACAGCUUUACCUUUGACGUCGGUAUCGAGGUGGACCUGCCCAUUACUCCAAAGAGGAAGCAGAGAAAAAACAGUUCCGCUACACCUGUCUUGUCGCCGGCAUUUCUCGGCCCAUUUCCAACUCCUUUCUCCCAUCGACAAUUUAUUGCGUCCUCCCCCUCUGGGUCUUUGCGGUCUCCAAGUGCGUCAUCCGUUUGCGAUCCUACUUCGCCUUCUCCGACAGCUCGACCUAGCCUGAAGAGAAGAGAUAUCACCCGCCCCAGGCUACAUCUUUCUGAUAUCUUCAAGAAUCGGCAGGCUUCAAACAAGCAUUAA